GCGACGCGCGCGCGAAUGACGACAUUAGAGUGCGUCGCCGUCACAGCCGCUGCCACAGCCAUGAACAGCGUCGGGGAGGCUUGCACUGACAUGAAGCGCGAGUACGACCAAUGCUUCAACCGCUGGUUUGCUGAGAAGUUCCUCAAAGGGGACGGCUCCGGGGACCCGUGCACCGACCUCUUCAAACGCUACCAACAGUGUGUCCAGAAAGCAAUCAAGGAGAAAGAGAUCCCCAUUGAAGGACUGGAAUUCAUGGGCCAUGGCAAAGCAAAGCCUGAGAACUCCUCCUGACCUGCCUGUCUCUUGGAAGAAGUCAGUAAACUGAGAGGCC